GUGUUUGAUCUGUUCUGGAACAGGAGGAGUGGGCGAGUACCUUCGCCGGUAUUGUCCAGGACGCCACUGUCAUGAGAGACAAUGAGUCCGGGAUAGCGAGGAUUGAGGCUAAGUUUGUUGCUCCCACUCCCUCUAUUCCGGCUAGAACCUUCUCUCUCCUCCGAUUUUCCAAGAAGCUUGAAGAAGAAGAAGGAGGAUCGGUGGUGGCGGUGGUUGAAGUGUCGGAUCCGAACGGGCAAAGAGGCUACUUCAACAGAUUCCCCUAGGGAGUUCUGUUGAAGAAGGUGGGAGAAGGUUCCACCCAGGUAAUCUGGGUGGAACACUGUGAGGUUAAUGAUGAUUUUUUGGGGGCGGCGUUGGAAGAUUCCGAUCUUCGGGCCUUCACGUCGGAUCGUUGGUUGUCUGUGCUGAAGAACAAGUUGACUCACUCUCGAACUGAGGUUCAAGGCUGUGCUCCCGACAGAUUCCUCUUGGAAGAUACCUUCACCAUUCAAACAACGGUGAAGAAAAUGGUAGGGGAGAUGCUUGAAGUCAUUACCCCUGCCAAUGAAGAAAAUGGUUGGAGCGUAAUCACCUCGAGUGACCUCUCCCGCGUCAUCCAUAAAAACCAGAAGUGUUUCUUGAUCGAUACUUCGUGGCUCCCGAAGGACGCAGAGGCUGUUUAUCAGUCUUUCCGGGAGCAGAGACACUUAUGGCAUGCUUCGCGGAACGAUACCCUGGAUGUCCUGGAAGACUACGGUGACGGUACAAGUAUUCUGAGGCGGCGCAGCACUAUCCCGGGGCGGCUCCAGCAACUGAUCUUCCAGCAUGUUUCUCCUAGGAUGAUGGUCUUCUCGAGACUGGACCAUCUCCAUCCCCAUGAUCUCCUUACCGAAGGUUUCACCAUAAUCCCGUGUAAGAAUUGUUCCCUCCUCACUACGGUCCUAGUCUAUAAGGUUCCUGAUGGGGCGGAUUUGGCACUGGAGAAUGAUAUGAGAUCAGCUCGUCAACAUCUUACAGACAAGUUCUUUGACCUUCGUUCCCACUUGCCUGCUUAGACUCGCUCUCUUUUAUGCUUAAAACUCUUAUGUUUCUGUUUCUUUUAUGCUUAAAACUUCUUUUUGGGAUUAAUAACUCUGUUUCUGUUUCAAUUGUCUGUUUGAAUGAAUCAAAUUCUCCUUUGACCCACAAGGAGAUCCAUUAUUCUAAAACA